AGACACAACAACCAGGCUCCCCAGAAAGCAAUUAACAGCCAUAGUUCCCCACAAUAUCCUUCAAACAAUUCCGAUAGGAUUCGCUUUUGUGCAACGGCGAACAAUCAUUAUUCCGAUUACCUACACGCAAAAGUUGGAAUAAAGUAGUAAAAAUGUCGAAGAAGAACUCACUUGUUGCUCGAAGAGCUUGGAAUGUCCUCCGAUUGGCGCUGCUCUGGGGGAGGAAAGGAGGCUUGUUCAGGAACAGGCUUGUUGUGAAUUGGAAUGUGUUGGGUGAGACUGUGAGGAAGCUUCGCCACUCCACCAGGCAUGGCGGUGCUGAAGGAGCGCUAGUGUACGGAGACCGCGAAUUCUCCUUCGACGACACGCCGAUCAUACGCGUGAAAAUGCAUCGUCCGUCUUCCAUGCGGUUCAAGUUGCCGCACAUUCCGUGCAUCAAGCCGCACGUGGAUUUCGACUACGAUUUCGAGGAAGAUCGUGCUUAUUUUGGUGGUGAGGCGAGCGAAUUGUUCUGCAGGCGAGUGAGUUUUUUGAAAAAUGGUGAGGAAGAAGAGGAAGAAGGAGAGGAAGAAGAGUGUGACGAGGGGAUUGAUCUGAAGGCGGAGCAGUUUAUAGCAAACUUCUAUGAGCAAAUGAAGCUGCAAAGGCAGAAAUCGUAUCAGCAGUACAGGAAUUGAAAUCAUAAGGUCCUCGAUCCGUACGCGACCUCCAUCGACACACACAAUUUUUUCACAAUGCAUUAAUGGUUUUGGUUUUGAUGAUCUGCACGCAGCGAGCGGAUCUGUUUCUGUGCAUAAACGUGUUUGCAUUUUGGCUCAGCUCCCAGUUUGGUCAUUUCUGUUUGCAUUGCGCCGUUUUUUGUCUGUAGAUAUAUACUAAAUAUUUAUAUAUGCAAAGAAAAACAGCAGAAUUGUUUUGGAUUUUUCUGUAGGCAUAUGGUUAGCAUUCAUAUUAUACGAACGUUGGUUUUUCAAAUGAAUUGAAAUUUGUCAUUUGUCUUAA